AAAUAGGAGGCUGUACGUAGAAAUAGAAUGAUUCUGUAUAAUGUAUUUUGGGAGAAAUGCAUUUGUCUUCUAUAUUAAUAAGAUAAUGAAUUAUUUAUAAAUUAUCUAUUAAUUUUCUUAUUUUAAUUUUAUAUUCUACAAAUUAAGUUUCAUAAAAACAUUGCAUCUGUCUUAUUUCUUGUAAUUCAGAUGACAAAAUUUUUCUUACGCCUUUUAUGUUACUAAUAAUGUUGUUUAUAACAUAAUUUAUAUCAUAUAGAAAUAUAGGAGAGUAUACACGCUUUUAGAUUGCACUUCUUUAUGCAUUCUUACGUCAUUCAGGAGCAAAAGUUUCGUUACGCGUGUGAUCAUUCGGCAAUCAUGCAAUUAUGACGCCAAUUCGGAGUAAUCCACAGCAAUCUUAUAAAACGACCAUAUAAGCGCCUUGAAAUAGCACUUGAAUAGAAUUUGCACGGAACGUGAGAAAGGAUAAAAAUAAAGAGAAUGGAAAAGGCUUCCUGAUGUAUACUGGGUCGUGAGCGCCUUACGAUUAGCUUACGAUUAACCGAUUUUCCAUUCUUCAUGCUUUCCAUUGUGCAAUGCGUUUAACUGCAACGUUGGGAUAAUGAAGCACUACAUACAUACAUGACUCGGCCAUUAGAAAUGAACAUAGAAAAUUGAGAGAACUCGAGCUAUUACGCUGCGCGAAUGGUUUCUAGAUUGUACGUCUGGAAGUUUUUGUGCGCGUUAUUUUUCAUAAUAAUGCAGUAUUUAUUGUCAAUUUCCAAAAUUGCCAAAAUUUAUUAUAUAUAAAAAUUAUAAUAAUGGAAUAUCACGUACUAUAUAUAUCUCUCAUUCACGAUGAAUGAAUAUAGCGAGGAAAUUAGAAAGGAAUGAACAUCGCGAAGCGAAGAAGAGCGCAGUCGGUUUCGCGACGGUCUAUAAAUAAGUCAAUGUUGUUCAAUCUUUGUCUUAACCGAUACUAAAUAAGAAUGACAGAAAGCCGACAGACUUUCCUCGCCGUGUUUCGUAGGAGGAUUCGCCAAUACGUCGGCGCUGCUGCAGCCUGCAUGGGUGGAUUCUCGUUGGGAUGCGGCCUCGGUUGGAGUGCGCCGUGUGUCGAAAUACUGAAAAGCAGGAUAGAUGACUUCAUGAUAAACGUGAUCGCGGCUGUGUUCCCGAUCGGCGCGGCGCUAGGCACUCUCGCGGUGCCCCUACUAAUCGACAGGAUCGGCCGGAAGUGGACGAUGAUGGUCCUGGUCCCGGUCUUCAUCACUGGCUGGAUCCUGCUCAUCUCCGCGGGCACGCAGGCGCCGCUUUUCGUGAUCGGCAGGAUCAUGACCGGCGCCUGCGGCGGCAUGUGCUGCGUUCUGGCGCCCGUCUACUCCGCGGAGAUCUCCGAGAAAGAGAUCAGAGGAACGACGGGCGUCUUCUUCCAGUUGUUGCUCGUGAUCGGUAUACUAUAUGCGUACUGCACCGGUUUCACGCGAAACGUGAUCGCGAUAUCCAGCCUCUGUUGCAUCGCGCCGAUCGUGUUCGGCGUAACGAUGGCCUUCAUGCCGGAGAGCCCGUUGUUCUACUUGAUCAAAAAUAAGGAAGAAGAUGCGCGAAAGUCCAUGCGGUUCUUUCGCGGUCUGGAUUUCGAUAUCGAGCCGGAGAUCGACGCGUUCAAGAAACAAGUGGAGAGAAGCAAGUUGCAAAGACCCACUAUCGCAGUCUUUAUGAAGAAGCCUGUAUUGAAGACUUUGGCUGUGGCCUACGGUCUGAUGUUUGCCCAGCAAUUCAGCGGUAUUAACGCCAUAAUAUUCUAUGGUUUAACAAUCUUCGAGGCCACUGGCGUCGGCAUGGAGUCGUUAGUAGAGCUGGUCAUUUUCGGCACCGUCCAGAUAGUAGCUUGCGUAGCGGCGGCACUGUUAAUCGACAAGCUGGGACGCAAGAUACUCAUGGUGAUCUCUACGGCAACGAUGUGCAUCUGUUUGUCGGCCUUGGCGGUUUUCUUCGUCUUGAAGAAUUAUCAACCGGAACAGGCAGAGCGAAUGUACUGGCUGCCACUCACGUCGACGUGCGUCUACAUAGUCGCCUUUUGCCUCGGAGCUGGUCCAAUUCCCUGGUCCUACAUGGGCGAGAUUUUUCCUACGCGUUUGAAAGGUGCAGCGUCGUCCAGCGCGGCUUUCUUCAAUUGGAUACUGGCGUUUACGGUUACGAUAUCCUUUCCAAGCGCCAUCGCAGUAGUAGAUAUUUCUGUGGUGUUUUCCUUCUUUGCCCUGAUAUGCGGCUUGAGCAUGUUUUUCGUGAUCUUCUGCAUGGUGGAAACCAAAGGAAGGACAUUUACAGAAAUUGAGCAGGCAUAUGGGACCCAUGUACCUACAGAAAACGAAGAAUCGAAUGUGGAAUAAAGCAAAGAAUUUCUUAUGGAACAACCUUGCCGUAAAACAACCUUGGGCAAAAGCGCUUUCCACGUAAGACGGAUAGGAA